AUGGAUCAGUAUAAAUUCAAGAGUAACCUUACCGUCUUUCGCAAAACUUUACAAAAUGAAGAUAAACCUCCAUUGCGCGUGGUGAUCACUGAGGCGAUGAGUUACACAAGUCGAUCCCUUGCCUAUCGUUUACUGAGCGACGAAGUUUUUGGCUCGGAUCAAGAAAUUAUUCUGAGUUUUUUCGAUACGAGCGACAGCGUUGUGUUUCUCGAGGGUAUCGUCAUUGAAAUAACAGCUUGCGCUCCGAAUUUGUUGAGAGAUAUUAUUCAUUCGAAAGAGGAAUCCGAGGCGUUCAAAGAUGCAGACUACAUCUUUUCUAUAGGCAAAGCUCGCGACUACAAUUUUUUCAAGACUGACCUUAAAGGCGAUCAAUUUUUUCAGGAUGCCGUUUUAGAAACAAAGAGUAACGCACUGGCGAUCGAGAAAUAUGCGAAGAAAGACGCAAAAGUAAUAACUCUGGGAAACACCGCGGCGACGUUAAUAUCGGAAUACGCGCCGUCUAUCCCAAAGGAAAAUAUCACAGCUGUUUCUUUAGCUCUUCAAAAAUCUGCCGCGACGGCGAUAGCCAAAAAAAUGGGAAGAGUUCCGAGUGACGUGUCAAACUUGAUUAUUUGGGGUACGAAUAGUAGGCAGAAUUUUCCGUAUUGCAAUUAUGCGAAAUUCAAAGACGGUAAAUCUGUGAUGAAGGAAGUCGACGACGAUGUAUGGUUAAGAAAAGAAUUACCAGAGAAAGUAGAGGCCACGUUCCAGAAAUGCAGAUACAGAACUUCGGAUGCUUUGGCGCUAGCCGAGCACUGUAAGCUCCUAAUUCAAGGUACACCUCCGGGUAAAUGGACCUGCAUGAGCGUUUACUCCGACGGGUCGUACGGCGUGACGCCUAGGGUGUUUUUCUCGUUUCCCGUUACUUGUGAAAAUGGAUGCUGGAAAAUUGUGCAGGGAUUGUAUGUAGAAGGUUACUGCAAACAAAUCAUCGCUGACUUUCUGGCCAUCAUCAAUGAAAAAAUUACGAUCGCUUUGAAAAUCAGUCAACGACCUGUCAGCCCACCGUUGUUUAGAAAGUCCGUUAGAAAGUCAAUAAUAAAAAUUAGCCAAAUUUAA